CAGCCCUGGGAGCUGACAAUGUGGCUGCACAAACUUCAUGGGAAGCUGGGCAUUGUGGCCUGUGGGCUCCUGCUGCUCCUCCUCCAAGGUCAGGGCCAGGACUCAGUCAGCCCUAUUCGAACCACCCACACCGGGCAGGUGCGGGGCAGCCUCGUCCAUGUGAAGGGCACCGAUGCGGAGGUCCACACCUUCCUGGGAAUUCCCUUUGCCAAGCCACCUGUAGGACCACUGCGCUUUGCAGCCCCUGAGCCCCCUGACCCUUGGAGUGGUGUGAGGGAUGGGACCUCCCACCCRGCCAUGUGUCUGCAGGAUGCCAAAGCAAUGAACACACAGUCUCUGAAGCUGUUGAAUCUGACCCUGCCUUCCAUCCCCAUGUCAGAAGACUGCCUGUAUCUCAACAUCUUCACGCCUGCUCAUGCCCAUGAGGGCUCUAACCUUCCUGUGAUGGUAUGGAUCCAUGGUGGUGCGCUAGUUAUAGGCAUGGCAUCCAUGUACGAUGGUUCUAUUCUGGCAACCACUGAGGACGUGGUGGUGGUCACUAUCCAGUACCGCCUAGGUAUUCUGGGCUUCUUCAGCACUGGAGACCAGUAUGCCACUGGCAACUGGGGCUACCUGGACCAAGUGGCCGCCCUACGCUGGGUCCAGCAGAAUAUCGCUCACUUUGGAGGCAACCCUGAUCGGGUCACCAUAUUUGGCGAGUCUGCAGGUGGCACUAGUGUGUCCUCACAUGUGGUGUCUCCAAUGUCCCAAGGACUCUUUCAUGGUGCCAUCAUGGAGAGUGGGGUGGCCCUGCUGCCCAGCCUCAUUGCCAGCUCAUCUGAAGCGGUUUCUACAAUGGUGGCCAACCUGUCUGACUGUGGGCAGGUAGAGUCAGAGGCUCUGAUGAGCUGCCUUCGAGGCAAGAGUGAAGAGGAAAUGCUGGCUAUUACCAAGGCCUUCAAGAUCAUUCCCGGUGUGGUAGAUGGGGUCUUCCUGCCCAGGCACCCCCAGGAGCUUCUGACUUCUACUGAUUUUCAACCUGUCCCCAGCAUCAUUGGGGUCAACAAUGAUGAGUAUGGCUGGGUCAUUCCCUCGAGCAUGGGCACUGCUCACCCCCAGAAGAAAAUAGACAGAAGGACUGUGCAGGCUGCUCUGCAGAGAAGAGCAGCACAGAUGAUGUUGCCUGCUGAAUUUGGUGACCUGUUGAUGGAGGAGUAUAUGGGAGACAAUGAAGACCCAGAUACUCUUCAAGGCCAGUUCCAGGAAAUGAUGGAGGACUUAAUGUUUGUGAUCCCUGCACUCCAAGUAGCACAUUUUCAGAGUUCCCAUGCCCCUGUCUACUUCUACGAGUUCCAGCAUCGACCUGACUUUUUUAAGGACAUCAAGCCACCCCAUGUGAAGGCCGACCACGGUGAUGAGAUUCUCUUUAUCUUCAGAUCCUUUUUCUGGGGCAAGCAAGUUGAGUUCAGUGAGGAGGAGGAGCUGCUGAGCAGGAGGAUGAUGAAGUACUGGGCCAACUUUGCUCGAAAUGGGAACCCCAACGGAGAGGGCCUGCCCCACUGGCCACUGUUCGACCAGGACCAGCAGUACCUGCAGCUGGACAUCCAGCCUGCUGUGGGCCAGGCCCUGAAGGCACACAGGCUGCAGUUCUGGACCAAGACCCUGCCUCAGAAGAUCCAAGAGCUAAAGGGAGAUAAG